AUGCCGCUCCACGCAGACCUCUGCACAAUACUGCAAAACGCCUCCCGAGCACGCCUCCGCUCCAUCCCUAUCGCUUCCACAAAAGACAACCUCUCCAUUCUCUCCAUCCUCCUCCAACACGGCUUCAUCCACAACGUAGUACGAGGUACUCAAACAGGCCCCUCACCCAUCUCAUACACGCAUGCUAGCCCUGCAGCACGCCGAUUUUGGGUCGACUUAAAGUUCAGACCUGACGACCGACCAGUGCUGGAAAAGAUGAACGUUGUUUCCAAGCCUUCGAGAAAGCUGACGAUGGACAAGGACGAGCUGCUUAGGUUUGCAACCGGUAGAAGGGCGAAGUUCGUCAAGCCAUUGGAUAUGGGUGAGAUCGGGAUUGUGGAUUGUGGGGAGAAGGGGUGGUGGGAGGUAAGGGAUGCGAUUAGGAGAGGGUACGGUGGCGAAGUUGUUGCUAGAGUGUCGUAA